AUGAUGACCCCAUAUAGGGGUAGAGGCCGCGGUUAUGGCCGUGGUGGGAGAGGGAGUAACAAUAUGUUACCCCAACCAGAAUCAAACAUUCCUCUAAUAGGGGAUUGGACUACUGUCUACAAAGGUAGAAAAAUGCAGCAAUUACCUGCAUCUUCAGCAAAAAGGGAAGAUAUUGCUUCCUCUUCCUCUAAUAAAACUACAUCCUACAAGGAAGUUGCGGUUAAUAACCCACCUCAAGAACAAAUGGAUUAUUUUGAAAAUCCAGUAACUGAGAAAAUCAUGUAUAUUGAUGAUGAAGAUAUAAAGAUAAAUCCAAAUGAUGGAUGGUCUAUCAAAAUUAGAUACCUCGAAUCAAGAGGAUAUCCAGGUCUUCAUGGAAAAUCUAGGCCCAACCUAGAAAUUCUCCUGACUGUUACCGAAUCGGUAACAAUUACUCACCAUUACCAAAACAAUAAUCCUGAAAGUUUUAUAAACUUCAGUAAAUGUCACAUUAAUAAAAUUUUGUUACCAAGAGAAUGGGGUCUCAACCCAAAUGCUGAAAAGACAAUAAGAAUUGCGGAAGGAAAGUAUAUUUACUUUAAUUAUUGGGACUAUGUCCAGGCUUUCACUCAAGCCUUUUAUUACCAAAAUCCCAAGAACAAGCAUUCUUGGUUUUUCUCUAUUAAUGAAGAGAUGGUUAAUAAACCCAUACCAAAUUGGUUUUAUGAAUGGUGGGCUAAAUUUGGUCCAUCUUUGGAAAUUCUUCCUAAAGAAAUUCUUAACUUAUAUAAUUCAUGGUGUGAUAAUAGUCCACUUAUUGUAAAAAUUUUAUCUGAUAAUUUAAUCACUGGACAAUGUCCAUUAUUGUUCUUUAUUAAAUUCCAGGUUCCAUGGAUAUGGAGAUGGACAAUCACCAUAUCAUGA